CGACGAUGCCGUCGCACGCGGUCGCUGCCGCGCCACCGACCUCGUACAUUGUGCCUGUGACGUCGCGUCCCAAGCUCACCCACGCGGUUUUCGGGCUUCUCUACCUUCUCACGUCGCUCAGCAUUGGGCUCUCGUACCUCUCGCUCCUCGCCCCCAGCCUUUUGAACGACCUUUGGUGGGCGGGCUUUUCGCCCACAGAAGGGGGAGCCUUUCUCAUUGAUAUCGUCAACGCCCAAUUGGCCCUUGUGAACGCAACGUCGCUGGACAUUUACGCAAUCGAUGCAGCCAUCAAGAAACGCUACAACGCGUCCAGUGCCACCACCAAUCUAUCGCCGACAUAUGCGCGGCGCAUUCUCUUUGCAGAGCUCACGUCCAUCGAGUAUGCGGUACCGCAGCUGCGAACGCUCAGCGCCUCCUGGGCCAUGCGCAUGAACGUGCAGUAUUGCUAUGUGGACUUUGACCAAAACUUCGAGGUCGCGCACACCGCCCGCCGCCAGCGCCGCUGCAGGCGUCAGUACGCGACGAAUGGCGCCGUGUACCUCGAAGCAAUCUGGCGCAAUGUUGUCUGGGCAGACUACAUAACGACGUGGGGUGGUGACGGAGGGCGGUUCUCCGUGGCCUAUCAACGGGGCCUGCAAGAGACGUUAGUGGGACGCAACUUUCUAGCCAAUGUGGCGCACGCGCGCAACUCGACAACAAUGGACGACGAGCUAAAUUACUGGCGACAAUUUCGGAUAAAUCGGUUCCAGCUCCAGUGGCAAAACCGGUGGCAGCCCGGCGUGACCGAGACCAUUCUCUUGGAGAAUGCGAUUGGGCUACAGCAGCUCGUGACGAUCAAGGACGUGUCGCAGGGCGUUGGGUCGUGGUCGUCCGGCUUGCUCUUUUGGAUUCCGCUCAAUGACCUUCGGUUCGCGCAGGCGGUCAACCGCAGCUUGAUUCGAAGCGCUUCCAACUUCUUUGGCGCCAACGUCUCAUCCACAUUGCCGUUUGAGGACCUCGAGGUGUUUCAAGGCAAUACGCUCGUGUCGGGUCAAUUUUUCAACCAAUCGGCGCUCUUUCGAGACACGAUUGGUCCAUUCCAGAGCGUCGACAGCUUGUACGUCGACGCCCCGUCGGUCUUGGUCCAAGCGGUUCACCGCGCGAAAAUUCAAGUGUCCAACGAGCUCCUCGAUGUGAUACCCUCUGUGACGCUACGCCUCACACCGCUUGCGUGGCGCGGCUUUGUGUACCAUGGAGGCAACCUGCUCUGCACAACGCUACCGGGCACCACGUUUGUCCAGCAGUCGUUUGAUUUCUUUGACGAUUGCUCCAAGCCCAAGCCGCUUAUCGUGACGUGGAGCUCUCUGGCGGCGGUAUUCACUCGAUUGGCCACGCUCAAUGCAUCGGUGCAUGACAUUUGUGAGGCAGCAUCGUCGCCAACGGACUGUGCAGCGGCCGUCACGGCGACAGACCAGCUCUUGCAACAACAACUUGCAACGCCUUUCGACUGGACCCCGCCGACGAUCGACCUGGACGUUCACUUGAUGCAGUACGCGACUACAAGCAAUGGCUCGUGGGUCGUCUUGCGUCAACACCUUCUCGAGCCCUCGUUUGCGUUUUUCGGGUGGGUUCUUCUUUACGAUUGGGUCCUCGGCGAGCGUGAAGUGAUUUCGUUUCAAGGUGACAGCGGUACUCUGACGCUCAUCUCGAAUGUAUACGCGCCGUUAUCCUACACGACGGGGACGCAGCCGCUACAGACGGCGACGCAGCUUCUCUACUACCUCGUGGUCCUCACUUCGAUCCUUCUUGUGACCGUCGGUGGCCUCGUGCUCCUCUAUGCCAUCACGGCACGCGGUCGAUUCAACGGUGUCAACCUCUUUUUUUUCAACCGCAUUGCAGGCACCGUCUGGCUCGGUCGGCCAUUACUGUUUCUACGGGGCGCCUCGGCCCUCGUGCUACUGAGCUCGGCCAAUGCCUCGCUGACAACGGCCGCUUCCGGAUGGACGCGGUUUGAGCCUUCACCGCGGAGCUGGCUCGCAGCCUUGAUUGUGACGGGCGAGGCGACGUGGGUCACAUACGUGGCCAACGACGUUGUGGGGCUCCAAGCGCAUGACCACACGCGCUACUACAGCGCGCUCUCAUGCCAUGUGUCGUGGCUCGUUCUUUUUGCAUUGGAGAUGGUCAGUCCGGUUCAAGUGACUGGUGCCCUCCACCGCUCUUGUGUCGGUCUCGACAUGGACUUUGGCGUGCGAUGUGCGAGCGGCCUCAUAUUCACUGGCAGCAUCUCUCGCAUCGGUGCCAUCGCUGUCAUCCAAGCCAUAGCGCUCGUACUCUAUGGCGUCGCGCUCUUGCAAACGCGAAAACAUACGUUCAAUGACGGGUACGAGGCACCGCUGCUCCUCCACGGCAGCGCACGACGACUACUGACGCCAGCCCCGGACACGACGCAAACACUUUACGUCUUGGAUCAUGUGGCAUGUGUGCUCGCUGGCUUGCUCCCCCUGCGGCUCGCUGGCAAGGCUUGUACGUUCGAUAUCAAACUGUGGCUGCUCCUGUACGACGACAGCUCGACGAGCGGCCGUCACAAGGCCCUGCCUCGUCCCAUAUUUACACCAGAAAAGCCCGUCGACGGGCCGCGGCUACCAUUGGCCAUGGUCGCACAGACUCUAUCGGCGUGUACAACGCGCGCGUGCAAAGCUUUGGGACUGGGCUACGCGUUGGCGUCCAUCGCUGGGUCCGUCUCGUACCUGAGUGUCUCCCGCGUCAACUUGGCCAACGACAUUUUGUGGGCGACGUUCAAUGCCACGGGCGCGCACGCGUUUGUAGCCAACUGGCUCAACGAACAGCUCGUUUUGGGCAAUACGAAUAUGGCAAAUGUAUUGCUGGACUUGCCGAGUAUUAACGCGAUGGGAUCCUUUGCCAAUCCCACCGCACUCAUCGCGUCGCCCGGCAACUACGGCGCCUACCUCCAGCACACGCUAUUGAGCUCGAUCGAGACGAUAAUCGACGGCCUCCGACGCUCCAAGGGGUGCGACGCCCCCUGGAUCUUUUCCCCGUACUGCUAUCUCGACUUGCAAAGGCAGUGGACCAUGGCCAACUCGGCGACGCGGCAAGCGCGCUGCGAUGCACGCAUGACGACCAACGGGGCUGUCUAUUUCGAGACUGUCUUGCGCAAUGUGGACUAUACAAGCUUUCACCGGUGCUGGGGUAGUAGCUUUGAUAUUGCGAUUGGUACCGAGUUGCAGCAGUCGUCGAAUGGUCGCGCGUGGCUGCAGAUGGUCUCUGGCUUGAAACCAAGCACGCGUGACGAAGCCAUCUAUUGGCGGUCGUUUGGGCUCAAAACGUUCGAGACACAAUGGCAAAACUACAAGCAACUCGGCAUUCGCAACUCGUACUCGGUCAUCAACGCCCUUGGCGUCGAGUACGCGCUCACGCUUGCUUCCCAGCGGGGCACCUACCGCCUUGGUAGCCAGACAACGUUCAAAAUGUACUGGUCGCUCGCCAACGACCUCGCAGCCGUCGCUUCCAACGCAUCUGGCAUCGGUGGCCGCAGUCUUCUUCGAUCGAGCGCCAACUAUGCCUUUGCCAACACGAGUCUGGCCAGUGUCUAUGUGACCACAGAUAUCCUUGCGUCGCCACUGCCACAAGGGCUUCAACUCUCGACAAAUCGACUUGGCCCGUUUGGCUCGAUUGACUUGGUCUAUGUACCGCCACCCGAGGGUUUGCGUCAGCUCACAGCGUCUCUCCUCGAGCGGACGCGGGCGCCAUUGUCGGGCAACCUAUCCGCGCAAGCAACCUUCUUCAACAUAACCCCAUUGGACCUCUCUCGACCUGUGCCGGCCCUUUGGCGCUUGAGCAAACUCGUGGCCUUUGGCGGCUCGCCGCUGUGUCCCGAAGGCAGCGCGAGCCAGUCCCUUGUACCCAUCACCGCCGGCCUUAUAAGCGCUCUCAGUUUUGACGGUUUGUGCCUCACAACAUCGGCCAACGUAGUCAAGAUUCAGCCUACACGGGCGCAGUACAUCGUGGGCGCCGUCCUCUCUCAGCUAGCACCAAGCACCGACGUGUCGCCCUUGUGUGCCCACGACCUCGCCUUUACACGGCAAUGCCAUGCUUACCUCGCUGCCACCUUGGCAUAUAUCCACACAUACAUGCAGCUACCACCCUCGGUAGACGUCGACCGACUGACAGAGGAGCUCGCGGCGAAGGACAUUGCGCUCAUGAUGUAUGCCCGGACGGAUGCAAAUCCUGCGACGCCGCUACGACUCUAUACGACAACACUCUUUGACGAGCCGUCGUUCCGCUUUUUCGCGUGGCUUUUUCUCUACGACUGGGUCGUUGGCGUGCGCGAAGUCGUGUCGUUUCAUGGGGAUACAAGCACAUUGACGCUUCUCAGCGAUAUGGAAACGCCGUUGUCGCAGCCGACGCAAGCCUGGGAAGUCCCCGACAACAUUGCGCGGUACCUGCACGUUGGUGUCCUCUACGUCACGGGCGUCAUGAUCUCGGUCUCGUCUCUUACGAUCGUGUACAUGGCCUUGACCCGCGGUUCGUUCGAGGGACUCAACAUGCUCGAGCUCGGGCGCGUCGGCGGCAUCGUCUGGGUCGGACGGCCGUUCUUGCUCUUACGGAGUAUGACGGCCAUCGUGGUCUUGUCGACAGCAACUCUGCAGUUGCAGUCCACGGGGUAUAUGAGUUUCUUUGCGACGGUCCGUGAUCCGUGGUACAAGACCCUACUCGCCGCGAAUGAAGUGACUUGGCUGAUCACGAUUGUCAAUGACGUUCUACUCGUGGCGACGGGACCGUACGCGACUCGGUACGCGCUGUUGAACGCCGGUAUCGUUUGGCUCAUCGCAGCUCUUUUGACCCUUUGGUCGCCAGUGACAGCAACCUUGUCCGUCGACCUCCAGUGUCAUUUCGAGACCGUUGACUUUCAAAUAAAUUGCACGUCGGGCUCGAUUGUGAUUGGCUCAGUGUCGCGCGUGGCACUGCUGAUUGGUGUCGUUUUGAUCUCCCACGGUGUCUGCUACGUGUUUGUGAAAAGCUGCCUGCCCCCGCCAUGCUCAACAAUGACGUCGUCGCUCUUUCUCACGUCGGGCGCCAAAUAUUUGUUUGCGCAAUCCAACUGGAUGCACAAUAAUGUCUACUAUGUGGACCGCGCGUCCGCGGCGCUCGACGGUCUCUUGACACUGCGUUGGGGCUCGUCUAUGAUUGUGCUCGAUGUCAAGACGUGGCGCCUCUUUGCGAUUCCAUUGGACGCAAUACCCCCACGUGCACUGGCGGCAGCGCUUCCACUACGGCGAUAAAUAGUACAACAAUUGUAAUUUAUCGAUUUACC